AUGGCGUCACCGUUACUGCCCAUUGACCCACAGCGCCCUUCUUUCUCGCCAGCCGGCUGUCGCACCCGUCAGAAGAUGCUGCACGACGUGCGCAGCCCUUCACCUCUUUCCCCAACACCGUACUUUAGCGACGGGCCAGCAAGUCAGUCAAUCCUGACUGAAACUCCCAACAGCAACAACUACAAGGACAAGAUGAGCUGUGAGAAUCACCAAUCAGCUCACGGUGACGAGCGAAAAGACGGCUACGAAGAUGAAGACGACAGUAUGGAGCUGAGCGAUGGCGAAGGUGCUUUUGGAACAGAUGAGAAGGAUAGCGAUACGAUCGAGGACAUCAUGAACAUGACCGGUAAGAUGGCAUCGUCUGUGCCGGUUCGCGACUACAGCAGAUUCUAUCCUCACAAUCAGCAAGCCUCCGACGGGGCCAGAGAACUGGAGUGCCGUCGCGCUUCAAUUGAGAACAGUCUGAAAGAGCAAUAUCGGCAACAGAAGCGAGUGCAGAAAGCAGCCGUCGCAGGCGGGGAUUACGACUUCGAUAUGCCGAUCGAUGGCGUAUCAGAUCAUAGGCUAGCUAUCGCGGAGACCUUUGACCUCAAAGCUUUCCACAAAGAUAAAGAGAUGCAUCCAGUGGAAGGACAACAGAUGGCCACCAAUUCGUAUGAUUCUUCCGAAGCUUCCAGAGACUGUCAUCAAACGGUCGUUUCACCCAAGGAUGGUCGCAAAGCCUUAGAAGGCACGCCGCCAGCAUCGAAUUUCUCGACCAACCUCUCUUCCCCUGCUUGCGCUGUCGUACAGACCCCUAAUAGCAAGCACAUCGACUUCGCAACCCGCGACUCCAUCCCAGGUUCGCCCGUAGAUCGCGCACUCAGCUGCGUCAAAGCACAAGAAAGCGACGAAAUCUCGCCAUCGGAACAUCAAGGUGACACAUCUCCCCAGAGAAAACUCACUGAGCUUGCGCGAGAGGCCAGAGUGGAAGAAGAAGAAGUAGCGGAGCAGAGAGCUUUGGCCGAGCUAGAUAAAUUCAGAGACACGGACCUUGCGCCUAUAGAGACGGUCAUGGACGGCGGACCAGCAGGAGACUUGAUCACGAUACCUGAUGGAUCUGGCUCCGAGCUUGAGGGUUGGAAUCAUAUAAACCGCUGGCAAUCUUCGAUUUCUCCACCUCGCCAAAAUCCUUUUUUCAUCGAGCAGGAUCAAGAGAACGGUGCGGAUGUCGAAGACUCGGAUACCACGUCCAUUUCGAAGCAGCAAUACCUCUCUGUUAUUCCCAGACGACCUACUUUUAUCACAAUCACCGAUAUGCUUCCAGCGGCAAUGUUCUGGGCCACUAUUGCACAAGUCGUCGAUGGCAGCAGUAAGGUGUUCGACGUGCUCAUCGAGAGGUUGACAGAUUUAAAAGUGUAG